AUGCUGUCUCAAGCGCUGUCCCUGCGGGCCCCCGCCCCCUUCAGCAGCCUCCAGGCGCCCUGCAGCCGGCAUCCGGACCGACAGCAGCGCCGCCUGGUGGCGGUGCGCGCAGCGGAGCAGCAGCCCGAAGCGGAGGCGGCACCGCAGGAGCCCGCUGCCGCCGCUCCCAAGCAGGACGUGUGCCCCACCUGCGGCGUGGCGCUGGACAAAAAGGCGUUUGGCUGCGACGGCACGGGGCGCAUUGCGGGCGGCAUCGGCGCGGUGCCGGGCUUCAAGUGGUGGCCCAUCAAGGCGUACCGCCCCUGCCCACGGCUGGCAGAGGCGGGCAUGGCCUACCAGCGCAAGGGACAGAUCACGGACGAGGUGCUGUUUGGGCGGGGGCGGCAGCAAUAG